AUGUUUUCAAAAGGUGAUCGUAUUUGUUUCUAACCUACUUAUAACCCUCCUGUUGGUUAUUAUGAAAUAAACUAGUAAUAAUAAUCUAAAGGGAUUGAUUUUGCAAAAUCUAUAUCAAGGAAUCUAAUUAAUGGAUCAAGUUUCAGUCCUUAAAAUUACAAUAAUAAUAACACAAGAGUUUCAUUAGCAAGUUAUUAAUUAUCAGCAUAUGCUAAACCAGGUGAAAGAUUAAAGGUUGAUUAGAAAUAUAAAAAACAGGAAAGAAAGAGUUUUAGUUAUUCUUAGAAUCCAGAUAUCUCAAUUAAUAACAUUGAAAGAUUGCCUAUUAAAUAAAAAGGAAAACGUCUUAAAAUACUAUAUUAAAAACAUAAUACAGAUUUAGAUAGUUCAAUUGAAGAGACAAAUAAAUUAUAAGUUUAAGGAUAUUACAAUAAUUCAAGAGCUUAAACACCUAUAACAGGAUAAUCUAAAAAAAGAAAACCUAAAAGUACAAUUUCUAAUUAUUAUUAUUGAGCUCAUA